CAUGGUGAGAUCGCAAAGAAGGCAGUGAACGGGAGAGAGACCUAACGUAUAGCUCCAACCCUCAACAGCGCUGAGACGGAGACACUUCACCCGUGAGGAGGUUCUGUCGUGGACAUCUCAGUAAAACAAAUGUUAACUUUCGGAUAAUAUCGCCUGCUAGACUGCCUAGCGUUCCUGGGAGCUGGCUUUCAGCUGACUUACUGGCGUUCUGCGGUGGAAAUAGCACAAAAAAAUGUCGUCUCCGAGUCCGGGUAAAAGGCGAAUGGAUACUGAUGUGGUGAAACUCAUCGAGAGCAAGCAUGAAGUCACCAUCCUCAGUGGACUCAAUGAAUUUGUAGUGAAGUUUUAUGGACCACAAGGAACGCCAUACGAGGGAGGAGUGUGGAAAGUGCGAGUAGAUCUUCCUGAUAAAUACCCAUUCAAAUCGCCAUCAAUAGGAUUCAUGAACAAGAUAUUUCAUCCCAACAUUGAUGAAGCGUCAGGAACAGUGUGCUUAGAUGUCAUCAAUCAGACAUGGACAGCUCUUUACGAUCUGACCAACAUCUUUGAAUCGUUCCUGCCCCAACUGCUGGCUUACCCAAACCCCAUCGACCCCCUUAACGGAGAUGCAGCUGCCAUGUACCUUCAUCGGCCAGAGGAGUACAAACAGAAAAUCAAAGAGUACAUUCAGAAAUAUGCAACAGAGGAAGCUCUAAAGGAGCAGGAGGAAGGGACCGGUGACUCUUCAUCUGAAAGCUCCAUGUCUGAUUUCUCAGAAGACGAAGCCCAGGACAUGGAGUUGUAGUAAUAAAAGGGUUCCCGCCCAAUCACUCCCUUCCUUCAACCCCCACAGAGACUAUAUUUGAUUUCCUAACCGCGAGAAAGCAGACUUAUAAUAUUCAUAUUUAAACAAGUUGAUUUUUUUUUUAAUUUUUAUUCUUACUACUAAACAAGGAUUUUUAUGAAUAUAUAGCCUUUGGUUUGUUUUGACAGAAGCCCCUUCCUCUCUGUAGUUCUUCUCCCCGAUGGCGUUCACAAUCUAUGCUGCAUUUGUCCGAUAUUGUACAUUUUCCCCAAGCCUUCAAAUUCUCCCUGCUAAUUUGCCGUUUCCAAGCAGUUUGGCCAGCUUGCCAAAGUGCUCCCAUCUAUUUCAGACAGUAUUUAUAAAGCAGGACUUGAUAACUUGGAGACAAAAGCGGGCUUUGCUUGCAAAUUUUAAACAAACCCAAUCUGCAGUUCUCCCUGUCCCUCUCUGCUGUGCUGGUAGCUCUGCUUCCAGGUCACUCGCACUUUCUGACUGCUGUCGAGGCUGAAGCAAAUGGGGCGAAACCCUUAUUUUAUUCAGGUUACCAAACUCUAUUUUAAGACGCACAGGUCCAAUAGACUCUCAUGAAUAACUGCAGAGUGUUUGCUAAGCAUAUCUUUGGUAACAUGUUAAUGAAGAACAGUCUGGAAUAACAAGGUUUCUUUCAGUUUUAGGUGCUGUGUUGGAUGUUACAUAUUUUUUGUAUUAGUUUUUGACCUUCUUGGUGUAAAAAAACAGCAGAUCUUGGAAAACAAAUGGAUGCAUGUCUCAUUACAGGAAGACAUGGGUUGCUUUGGGUAAUUGAUUUCAGCUUACAUCUUAUUUGGUAAAAAUUAGACUACAGUCUUUCUGUAAUCUGAAUCUUGCUUUUGUUCUGUUUUAUUUUUCUAGAAUAAAAUGAUCAUUAUAAGUCAGAAAGCAGGUUGUCCCCCUUUGCAAAUGAAAACUAGCGUCAAAGUGAGUUUUAAACUGCAAAGUUGUUCUGGUUGACAUGAGUGAAAAAGAAGAGUGCCCUUUGUUCCUUGGUUUGUGUGUUUGCUCCAUACAGGUUAGUCCGUCUCACAUUCCGCUGCUGCUAUCCGUACCCUCCGUAAUCGGUCUGACCUGUGCUGUGUAACCCGACGAGAGGCAUUCUGGAUCUGGUUGCAGAUGGAAUAAGACCUUUGAGAAGGAUUUUACGUAGACAAUUGGCAUUCCUCAACCUGAUAGAAAAGAUAUUUGUCUAGUUGGUAAAGAACAUUAAAACGAGUGAAAUUUGGUGCAAGUCUAUUCCAAAACAUUGAUAUUUAGUCAAAUAUUUAUGAUUUAUCAUAUGUCAACCCCCCUUCUGUGCCUCAUUACUGCAUCAAGGAAUUCAGUGGCAAAACCAUGUCCCUAAGAAGCCAUGGAAGUCUAGGAUUAUUCUUGUAUUCUAGAAAAGCACAUUCUUUUAACUUUUUUUUUCUUGGUGCAAUUCAAUUUUGAUGUCUUUGAGCUGACAAAAAAUGAUUUAGAAGUGACCCAGGUUUAUCAUAGCUGAUGUUUGAAGUACAGUUACCUUCUGUUCUACAUCGUGGUUAACCAUAUUUCACCUAGGACGUAUAAAAAAAAAAGCAGCCAUUGUUGAGCUUUGUUUUCGCUACAGCAGGAUAGAUAGAUUUGUAGUUGGGUAAACCUUCCUGAUAAUAAGACAUUCUUUAUUCAUCUGAUUUUUCACGCUCAUAUGACCAUAUAGACGAACCCACUCGAGCUUGUACAGUUGAGUGUGAGCGAUUUCAAACUAGGCAAAUUUUAUUUUAAGCUAUAGUGAUUGUGAUGGGUUUAACUUGUACAGAAAGCAGAAAUGUGGCUCCGAUCUUUUUUUCUAUCAGACUGUUUUUUCCACUGUUUUGUGCUCUUAAACGUCAACACAUUUGAAUGCAGAGACAUGACUUUGUUUUGUAUUGUUUUCAGUUUGUAACAGAGGAUUUACGUCUGCAGCUCUGUGGAGCUUUUGGCAAAAGUGUUCAGUUUCAAGAUGUUCCAUGUGUCCAGGUUACAUACGGCUCUUCACCCUUACAAAGA